AUGCGUAUUAAACUGUACAAGCCCAUUCCCGACCAGCAGUUGGUCCAGAAUGGCUGUUUUGAUAUGCAGCACUUCAUGACCAUCACUUUCCAGGCAAUAGUAGCCCUGGUGGCAUACCUGGAUGACCUGACGAUUGUGGCGAAGUUGCGAGUCGACAACACAUAUAUCGGUUCAAUCGUUUACCAUUGGGAUGAUGUGGACGAUACCCUGGACAUCAUGAUCUCCCGGGAUAUCCAACUCCAGCCGAAGAAGAGUCAGAUUAUGAAGCUGCCAAAGGAGAUAGUACACCUGUUUGGCCGGGAUAUCCAGGACCAUGGAUCCCGCAUCGACCAACGACGGUUGGAGGAUUUCUUGACAGCGCCGGCCCCCAAGGACAGGAAGGAACUUGUUUCCCUUCUGGCGAUGCUAUCCUGGUAG